AUGAAGCGCGAACUUGCAUCAUGGUCAUAUCAAUAUGCACCAUCCAUUCACUCUACUCGUUCGUUUCUCGACGAUGUAACUAUAAACGAGUUUGCCAUUGCGUCUAAUAAUUUAAAUUCAGAGAUGAUAUUUGUACUCAUUCUAACAACUAAUCAUUGGAUUGAAAUCUAUUCCGCUAAAUCACUUAACGAUGAAGCUCUUUAUAGUCUUCAUCUUCGUUCUCCAGCACGAGUUCAUUCGACAAUUAAUGGAAAUUUUUAUGUUUUAACAUGCAAUGGUAUCGUUUAUUCUAUCGCUCAACAAAUUAAUUCGGACAAUGAAUUUAAUUUCAAUCAGAAAACCAAUUAUCAAUUAAAAAUUUCAUGUUCAAUGAUGCUAAGUUCUGUCUUAACUCUCAAUGGACAAGAAAGUUUUGUUGUUUUUGCUGACAAUGGGCAAUCAAUGGCGAUUUGUACUAUGGAACGAGUUAUCUAUAUUGGCGUCGAUGUUUCACCUUACAUUUCAUCAUCAUCAUCAUUGAAAUCAAUCACUAGUGAAAAAACACAAAAUUUAUUGUUAUUAUAUUUCAAUAAUAAAACUCUCAUCUCGUGUCAAGUAAAACUUAAUGAAUCAAAUGAGAAAGGCUCACUUCAGUUUACUCCAUUCGAUGAAGCUGAUAAAUUUUGUCUACAAAAUAAUUGCCUUGCUACGUACAAUAAUGGGAAAGCUCAACUUAAUUUACAUGACAUUCGUUCAUGUACAUGCUAUGAACCGAUUCAACUCGAUAAUGAAUGUCAAUACUUAUGUUUCAAUGAAUCAGCAACUUAUGUUUUCGCAUUA